CACAGAUAGAUCGUUGCGUGUGGACGGGCCUUUCGAAAAUUGUACCUUCAAACAUCCUUCUAGUCAAAUAUAUUGUCUCUGGUGUCGUCGACUGAAGAUCUUUGACUUUAUACCAUGCCUGUGCAAAGCUUUGCUUCGCAGUUGGUAACACGUGUAAGAGAACCGGAAGUUUUCUGGGGGAUAAGGCCUUUCGGCUGGAGGCUCUAGUACUAGGGAGACCAUGAAGCUAAACAAGUUGGUGUCCUCGUCGCGUAGGAAGAAUCGUAAGAGGCACUUUACAGCACCAUCCCAUAUCAGAAGACGUUUGAUGUCUGCGCCCUUAUCGAAAGAGCUUCGACAAAAGUACAAUGUUCGUACGAUGCCAAUUCGUAAAGACGAUGAAGUACAGGUAGUGAGAGGCCAUUACAAAGGACAACAGGUGGGAAAAGUUGUCCAAGUUUAUAGGAAAAAGUUUGUAAUUUAUAUUGAAAGGAUUCAGAGAGAGAAGGCUAAUGGUGCCAGUGUCUAUGUAGGAAUCCAUCCAUCAAAGACAGUAAUUGUGAAACUAAAGAUGGAUAAGGACCGAAAGAAGAUAAUAGACAGGAGAUCGAAGGGCAGAUUGGCUGCCCUUGGAAAAGAGAAGGGAAAGUAUACUGAAGAAAGUGCUGCAGCAACUGCAAUGGAAACAUCGUGAAGAGAACUGUAAUUGUGAUCGUUAAUAAUAAAAAUUUCCAAAGAACAUGUGGAGUUAAUUUCUUUAAAUUUGUCUAUUCAUUUAUUUUUGGCCAUUGAUAGAUUUUAGUUGACCUUAUAAAUUUUAGUGAUGUCAAUGUUUACAUUUUUUCUGCCUUUGAUUUGGUGUGGGGUCCCAUUCAGUAAUAUGUGAAAUAGUGAUCAGAUGAAGGAAAUUUUACAGUUAACAAUGUUGGAGGUGUCAUUGACAGUUUUCCACAUUUAUUGUUGCAUACAGUACCUUAAUAAAGAUAAAUCACUACAUCUUA